AUGAAGCUGACGGAUGUGCUUUACGUUAGGAAAGUUGUUCCAUUUAUGCCAUGUGACAGUUGGUUCCGCAGAAAUCAGCUAAUGAAGUUCGCAUUUUUAUUCAAAGGAAGGGCUGCUCGAUGUCCUAAAUUAGGCACUACUCGUGUCAUAAAAGCCCUGCAAUACGUCAAGGAUGUAAGGCGGGUUCGAAGGGAAGAUAUGAAAUCUCUGUGGAUGGAACGAUUAGAAAUAGCAAGUGAACAGUGUGGUUUGCCGAGUGCUAAAGCGCUUUGUGAAGGCCUAGCUCAGUCAAAUGUUGCCCUAAAUAAGAACAUGCUUCAGAUCUUAUCUAUCUAUGAACCACGAACAUUUUCAGCCUUGGUGGACUUGUCCAAGCAGUAUCACUUGGAAAAGGGAGUGCCCGUACCUAACAUGUCACCACCUCAAAAAGUUGUUACUAGAGGUUUACUAACUUCUCCUAUUGUGCCUGGGAAUAGAAAUUUGUAUGAAUAA